AUGGAUUCUUCCCUGGAGCCUCCAGAAGGAACAUAGCUCUCUGGACUCAUUUUAGACUUCUGACUUGCAGAACUGUAAGAGAAUAAACAUGUGUUUCUAUAAACCACUAAGCUUGUGGCAAUUUGUUGCAGGAGACUAACACACCUGGACCUGUUAAAAAGUCAGUAGUAAGGUUCCAAGGGAGAAGAAGUGGAUCAUAGACUCAGGACUGGCACACUGUCACUUCUGCUGCGUUCUGUGGAUCAAAGACAUCACAAAGCCAUUCCAAAUUCAAGGGCUGGAGAAAUAGACCCACCCACCUCUUAUUGGAUUCUGUUUCUCCCACCUCUUGACGGGAGAAGCUGUAAAGUGGCAUUUAAAGGGAUGAGGAGGGGUGCCUAGGUGGCUGUGUUGGUUAAGCAUCUGACCCUCGAUCUCAGCUCAGGUCCUGAUCUCAGGGUUAUAAGUUCAAACCCCACAUUGGGCUCUGUGUUGGCUCUUCACUGGGCGUGAAGCCUACUUUAAAAAAGGGGGUGGUGGGGGGGGUGUGGAGGUAGAGAUGGGUAAAGAAUUACGGCCAUUUUUUGCAACCAAUCUACCCCCAUGUCCUUUACACAGCGACAGAGGACAUUCAAAAGCAGUGCCUGACCCUGGUUUCUUUUUUAUUUCCAGGGACACAAGGAGCAUGGGUGUCUUUACCUCAGGCGCUGAUAUCUUCCUAGGUCUCUGGGGGAUGUAUGUGUCUCCACGAAGCCCUGGAUGGAUGGACUUUAUCCAACAUUUGGGAGUGUGCUCUUUUGUUGCUCUCAUUUCAGUGGGCCUCUUGUCUAUGGCCUUUUCCGGGUGUCUGUCCACAUUCAUAGCCUUUAGCUCCUCCUGGAUGGUCACUUGUGUUCUGCUUUGCUGCUCCAAGCAUGCACGAUGUUUCAUUCUCCUCUUCUUCCUUUCCUGUGGCCUGCGGGAGGGCAGGAAUGCUUUGAUUGCAGCUGGCACAGGGAUAGUAAUCUUAGGACACGUGGAAAAUAUUUUUCAUAACUUCAAAGGUCUCCUGGACAGUAUGACUUGCAACCUACGGGCCAAGAGCUUUUCCAUACAUUUUCCACUUUUGAAAAAAUAUAUUGAAGCCAUUCAGUGGAUUUAUGGCCUUGCCACUCACCUAAGUCUAUUUGAUGACCUUAUUUCUUGGAACCAGACUCUGGCAGUCUCUCUUUUCAGUCCCAGCCAAGCCCUGGAGGCACAGCUAAAUGACACCAAAGGCCAAGUCCUGGGUGUCUUGUACCAGAUGGUGACGGCAACAGAGGUAUUGUCCUCCCUGGGACGGCAGCUCCUUGCCCUAGCAGGGCUUUUGCUGGUGCUACUUGGCACUGGCCUCUUCAUGAAGCGAUUUUUGGACCCUUGUGGUUGGAAGUUUGAAAAUGUCUUCAUCACGAAACAAUUUGUUCGGUUCGAUGAAAUGGAGAGGCAACUGCAGAGGCCCUGUGUCCUCCCACUGAAUAAGAAGGAAAGGAAAAAACACGUUGUCAUCCCAUCUUUCUGGCCGUCUCCUAAAGACAGGAAGAACCUGGGGCUGUUUUUCCUCCCCAUUCUUACCCACCUCUACAUCUGGGUGCUGUUUGCAGCCAUAGAUUAUCUUCUGUAUCAGCUCAUUUUCUCAGUGGGCAAACAUUUCCAAGGCUUGCCAGGGCUGGAGGUCCGCCUGAAACUGCACAGAGAGGAGCAAGGAACUCAAGACAUCAUACAUGACUCUUCCUUUAACAUAUCUCUGUUUGAACCCACCUGCAUCCCCGAGCCAAAGCUCCUUCUGUCUAAGACCUGGGUUCCUCUCAGCAUUAUUCUUGUGAUACUAGUGGUGCUGGGACUGCUGUCCUCCAUCCUGACGCAGCUUAAAAUCCUGGUGUCCGCGUCCUUCUACCCCACCGUGCAGACGGAGCGCGUCCGGCACCUGCAUGUGAAGCUCCUGAAGAAGAGAGCAAAGCAGGCACUGGGAGGAGGAAACAGUAAACAGAAUCUCUACUUUACAAAGGCAAGGCAAGCCAAGAUGGUGAUGUAAUCUGUAACGAAGGAGACUUUGGGUUUGAAGGGCCAGUGGACUUGCAAAGCACUCUUCAAUUUCAUGUUAGGGUUCACACCCCUAGCAAUAGAUAGGACACCAGGGGGAGAAAAUUAAUAGAUAUGUGUGGCUAAGGCUCUUCGCUUCGUGCUUUUGAGUGGGCCAGAUGGGUCUGCAAGAUAUUUUUCAAAUCGCUGAUUUCUUUUUUUUUUUUUAAUUUUUUUUAACGU